AAUAGAACAAUAUUAAAAUAAAUCAAAUUUGACCAACGAUGCGGUUUUAUAUUUAAUUUCCACUUCUAAAUGUAAAAAUUUUAAGAAAUACACGAGUGAAAUAAUAUGGAAAGUGAUGUUUAAAUGAGUAAUGGAUUUUUUGUUUUUGUUGCCAGUUUGAUGCCAUAUUUUAGACAAGCUUUUUUCAAAAAAUUAUGAGGUACAAAAAAAGAUGUUACACUCUUCACAUUAUACUUUAUAUAAUGACAAUUAUUUUAACCGUUACAAGUUUUCUCUCAAACAAAAGUAGUAAUACGUUUUUUACGGAAGCCGAUGAACCUUUGUCAAAUCCGUUGUUGAAAAAAAGUAUCAGCAAGUUAAACAAAAGUUUUAAGAUGAAAAUUAAUGACAGACAACCUAUUUUAGAUUUAUCAGUAAGAUCUUUUUUAAAUUCAAAUAGAAAUUUACCUAGACGAAAGAGAAAACGCAAUAAUGUUCCUCAAAAAGUGAAGGAUAUUAAUAAUUCUGAAACAAGAAUCUUGAAAGAUCAAACAUAUUUCGGGAAUUAUGUUUCCAACGAUCGAUUACUGGAUACCUCAGUUCCAAAUAAAAGUUUGCUUGAUACAACUCUAAAUACCGAUACCUUGAUGAAAAAAGAUGACUUGAUUGACUCCUCAAAAGCAAAGACUGAAAUAUUCAAUCCUUCAGUAAGAAAACUUGAAAAUAAAGAAAUCGACCUUUACGGAAGUCAGAUCAACCCUGCAAAAAGCUGUCGAGACGUGUUUCUCACUAAAAAAGAUGCAUUGUCAGGAAACUACUGGAUAAAAACAGAAGAUGGAGAACUGUUAAUGGUUGCUUGUGGUUUUCCAUUAAAAGUACAAACAAGAGCUCAGAGUGACACUGACAAAAAUAAGAAUAGCAUAGGCGAAAUUAAACUUCAAGAAAACGGUAAAAUAAUGUCUGGAAGCGCAAACUCUUUGGUUUCCCUGAAUAAGGAAAAAACUUUAGAAUUAACAAAGAAUAAUUUAGAAGAUGAGAAAAAUGUGAAACUUAAAACCAGCAAUAUCAAUAAAAACUCCCAGUCGUUUUUAAAGCUCGAAAAUUACAACCAGCCGCAAUUAAAAACAAAUGAACUAUAUAUUCGCAACUCUAGUCCCGAUUCCCAAGUACCUUCAAACUCAAUGCAGAAAGAUAACCCUCACAACUUAGAUGUUGUUCCGACAAAAAGUUCAAAGUUUACAAUACCUGGUCGAAAAACGGAAACCAAAAAAACAACUAUUAUAACAUUACCUACGAUUGUGACAACAACUAUAAAAUCCGAAACAACAACUAAAAAAACAAUUCCAACAACUAAAAAAACAAUUCCAACAACUAAAAAAACAAUUCCAACAACUAAAAAAACAAUUCCAACAACAAUUCCAAUAAUGACAACAACAAUAACAACUUCAACUACAAAUAAAAUUACUCAAACAACAUCUGCUCCGCCAACAACAAUUCCUAUACCAACAACAGUGCCUACAACUACCACAAAAGCAAUAACUGUUACAAGGACAACAACAACAACAAAAACUAACUCUCCAAUAGAAACGCCACCACCAUUGCAAACUCCUCCUCCUUUAAUUUCUCCUCCACCAAUAGCUCGAGUAGUUAGCAACAUUAAUACGCUUACUGACACAAAACCACAAUCAACAGCCUUUAACUUGCCUAUCAAUAUGCUGUCAGAUGAAAAAAGUGUUGAUAAAACCUAUAAAACAAGAAAUUCACUGAUUAACUCUAAACUUGAAAAUCCUAAACUUGAAAGUGAAAUGAAUUUAAAAAUUCCAAAAGUUUUACGAAAAGGUUAUAAAAAUGGUAACGCGGGAGAUCUUGGUGAUAUACAAGAUGAAAUUCCUCCAGAAACAGGAACAGAUAUUGGCAUUAAAUUACAAGCAGUUGGUACGCCUCAAAAUACUCCAGAACAAACUAUGAAAGUUAACUACAAAGUUGCACAAGAAUUUGAGACGCAACCACAGGUCCGAAGUUGGGCAUUUAGAGAAAAUAACAUGUUACAAAAUCAUGCUUUUGAUGAACAAUAUAAUAGCAUUGACGUAAGUGAAAAGAAGAAAAACAAAAAUGAUCCAAAACCAAAAAUAAGAAGCUGGACAAGCAAUCAGAUUGACAUGCAAAAAAAUUUAACGAAAGAUCAAUACAACAAUUUUGAAAAAAAUGAUCAAGAAAUUGCUGAAAACACAUUUAAAGAGCAGUAUAAAGAGUUUGAGUACUUGAAAAAAAGGAUGGAUUUUAAAGUUAACUCUCAAAAAGACGUCUUAAGUCUUCCAAUUACAAACGACCAAGAAACGUCACUUAGUAGUUUAACAAAUAAUGAGGAAAAAGAAAAGUUUAGCCAAAGUAAGCCCUUAAUGAUAGAUAAAAAUGAAAAAGAAAAAGAAAAGUUAAGCCAAAAUAAACCUCCCAUAAUAAAUAAAAGUGAAAAUAAUGUUUUUAUAGAUGAAAAAUCUCAAAAAAUAACUGAAAAUCUAAACGGAGAUGCUUCUGUAUUAAAUAAUAAUUUUCAAGGUGGCAAUAAUGUAAAUGAUAACUCUCUUAACAAUUUUCAACUCAACAAAGAAAGUAUUUCCGAAAAAAAUGGUAACGCGCUCAUAACCUAUUCAAAGAAAGAUGACAAUAAAGAAGAUAAGUUUACAAAAGCUUUCAAACAAAAUAGUUUCUCAAAUGAUCCAUAUCUCGUCAAAAAUGAUUUUUCAAAUUUAAUUAACCUAGGAAAUAUCACAGAUGAAGCAAAACCAACAGAUCGAAUGUCUUUAAUGAUAAAAAGCAAUCCACAAUCUGAAGAAGCUUUCAUAAAAAACUUAUCUCAUCCUAUAAACACAGAUAAUCAAAUCACUUCAGAAAAUGAUGAAAUGGUUUUUAACAAUCUGAUUGCUAAAAAAAAAGAGACACAAACAGCUAAUAAAAGAGGUAAAGAAGCUUAUUUAAAAGGUGACGAGUUUGUACUUGAUUCGGAGAACGAUGAAGCAUUAAAUAGGUUCUUUAAAAACAAAAGUUUUCAAAACGGAAAAAAUGAGCGCGAAACUGACAAAAAGUUUGAUGUGUUUAAACCCAUAAAACUCAAGCAAAUAAGUGGGCCACCGAAUCCAAUUGUUUCAGAGAAAGAAGAACAUUCUGGAUCUUAUAAUCAACAAUCUUCAAAAUUGAGAUAUCUUGGCGUCUUAAAUGACGAUCCAGAAAAAUUAGAUAAAAAAAAGGAACAAUUGAAAGAUGAGGGUAAACUGAAAGAUCAAAAACUGUUUUUAUAUAAAAAACUUAGAGGUGAUGGUGAUGAAAACUCAGAGGCCAAGCCUUCAAACAUAUAUGUAGAUAAUCGAGUUUUUAUCUAUGGAGGAAUAAAAGGAGGCAAAGAAAUUUUACCAACCGUAUUAAACACAGUCAUUAAGAAAGAUAAAGGCGGCGAAGAAGAAAUUCAAAGACGUAUUAAAUUACGCGAUUUCUCUGAGGCUGACGCAGUAAUUGACUCCAGUCCAAAAUCUUUCAUAAAAAAAAAAGGCGAAAACUCAAUUACCUUUGAAAUUGAUGAUGCUACAAACAAAGAUUUGAAAGAAAUAGAUCAAGAUAAACCAAUAAAUCAAAAGGAUAGCUCUAGCAUCUUCAUAGAAAAAAAUAUUGAUUUUGAAAAUGAAAAACAGGAAAAAAUUGGUGGUACAAACCCAGUUAUUAGACAACUAACAAGCAAUUAUGUUUCUAAUUCAAAUAAAGAAAAUGAACAACCGUCUUUUUCUCAAAAAGAUUUGGAACAAAUUAAACGUGUUCAGCUAAUUAAAGCCCAAGCACACAAUGCAGAAGACGUCUUAACCGGAAAGUUUUCAACUUCAAAUUUAAAACAUUUCUUAUACAAGAAUGGAUCAGCUGAAUCUGAUUUUAUUGAUUCUUAUGGGUUUGUAAGAGAUGGAACAGGUGGUGCGCAUAGAAUCUUUGGAACAAAUGAUAUAAAAAAACAAGUAAAACAAACAAACAUUCGACCAAUACAAUCAAGCUUAAAUGUGGAUAAAAGCUUAGCAAAAGUACAAGCUACAAAAUCUUUCAAAAACAAGUUUGACUCGUUUUCAGGAGAACUAGGUGAAGAACAACAACCUUUUAGAGAACAUUUUACAAGAAAUAGAUUGAAUGUUGAUCCAUCACUAGAAGCUGAAAAAAAGGUAAAAGUGAAAACCUCUGAUUACGUUUCACCAAUCAAUCAAGAACAACUUCCAGGAGCUAGUGAUAGAUUAGACUUUUUAGACAUGACAAGCAUUUACGAACCUUUAAAAACUAUGACUCAUAGUCUAUCUGGAUUGCUUUCAGAAGCACAAAAGAAUAUGUCAAACAUUCCUGGAUACUCGGAGGAAAACAAAAAAAUGGAUGAAGAAGUAAGAAAAAAUGCGGACAAAAUAGUUACUCAAACAACAGAACUUUUGCAUCAUGAUUCCAUUCGUCAAAAAAUUGAACAACCAGAGUCGCAUCACAUUUUAAAUGAAGCAACGUCCCCAAUAAUGGAUAAAAGGUGGGAGAUAAAAAGUCCUUAUGUCAUCAAAAAUGCUCCUACAACAGGCGCUGAUAAACGUACAGAACUUAUAGAAGUUGAAGAAGAAUUUGCAAAAGAAGAAAGUAAGCCACCAAGUACUGACCCAGUUUUACAAAAGAUUAUUAACCAUAUGAAAUCGGGAUUUGCAAUUAAAACCUCUUCUUAUACAAAAGGUGCAGAUGACAAACGUACAAAAAUUUUCGCUGACAACAAACGUAAACAAAUUUCCAAUAACGCCAAUGCAAAACGUACAAAAAUUCCAUUUAAAUGGCCACAACCAGUUAAUAUUUACAUUAAAAAUCAAAACGAACACGCCAUUAACCGCAUUCGUAAAGAAAUCUCUGAAGUAAAUAGUUUAUGUAAGAGAACUUCUAAUGAAAAUUUUAAUGAAAGUUUAAAAGAUAAAGUUUUAAACAUUUUUAAUAUGAGCAAACUUGAUAAUUGCAAAAACUUUGAAGAAAAGGAUUUUGCAACAGAUAAAAGACUCAAUUCUGCAAUUACAAAUGCAAACAUUUUGCAAAUGUUUUCACAGAACUCAAAAAAGAACUUCCAAUCAACCAAUAAAACGUCACUAAAUAACAACAUGUUGCUAGCUUACGUUAAUCCAAUAAGUAACAAAACUAAACUAAGCGAGAACAUGACGCUAAAUAACGUUAUGUCUACAAGUAAAAACAUGUUGCAUGAACAAACUAAUUUUCUAAAUGCUUUGGACCUAAAAAGAAUAGUAACUCCAGCUUUUACAACAUACACUGCUUAUGUUAAAAGCCACGAUUUAAAACAAGAACUUUUUAAUGGAAUCUUUCCCGAACCUCAGUUCGAAAUCUCAGAAAGUCCUAAUAAUAUUAUUGAAGGCAAUAAAUCUAAUCUCUUAGAUUUUGGAUCAAGAGCAAGGAAAUUUAAAAGUUCUAUACUUGGUAAAAGUAAUAUACUUCAUUUGAAAGCAGACACGUAUUUAAAACGUCGAAAAAGGGAAAUAAAUAUAAAAAUUGUUCCAAAAAGUAUACGCGCUUUAAUUCCAUCAAAGGUUGGCCAUCUUCAACCUUCUAAUCUUAAACCAAUGCCUCCAGUAGGUCACGACCCUGAUGAUUCGGGAUCGAAAAACUCGCUGAUUACUGAUGUAGAAACACCUAACAGAAAUAAAAAGCUAAAAUCUAAAGUUUCCUCAGAAAAUGAAGUAAAUAAACAAAUUAUAAAUGCAAAAACAAAAAAGUCCGAAGACGAAGACAAUAACACAUUGAAGGCAAAAGACGAAGAUGGAGUUCAAGAUUUAAAAGAUGAUCAAGACUCAGUUGAAUUAAGAAAAAAUAGCAAGGAAAAUGAAAGUGAAACACAAAGAGUGGAUACAACUUUUGAAGCAGGCUUAAAAGAAUCCGAUAAAAAUGAACAAAAGGUGAAGAAUAACGUGGACAACGAUGGGAUUAAUUUUGACUUGGGAGCUCAAAGAAACGCAUCAGAAAAACAAAAGUCCGAAGAAGAUUCAGCUUAUGGAAAUAUUACAAUAUUUAACUACCCUAUAAACGUGACUGCAUUAGAAGAAGGCAUAAUGAAACUGAUCAAUCAGACAACGCCAAGUCCAAAAAUUUACAAAGGAAAAGAACAAGACGAUUAUGUAAAGAAAAUUGAAGCGCAAAAUAAAAAGUACCCAGAGUUAAAGCUACCUCAAAAACACGGUGAAUAUAUUCCUCCAGAUGACGAUGAAUAUGAUCAUCGACCAACGCAAAAACCCAAACUCGAUAAACCUAAAAUGGUUUCAAAAUACAAAAAACCAAAAAACGAGUUAUCAAAAGUAGAAGAGAAAAGUGUUGCCAAAGAAACGGAAAAGACAGUUGCUAAUCAAUCCAACAACCAAUCAAAAAAUGGGUCUGAAAACGAAGACAAUUUAUCAUCCUACAAUCCGCCUUUGCCACCACUAAAAACCAAUAUACGUGAAGAUAAAACAAGUAAGGAUUUAAAAAUUCCUAAUAUAAUUGAUACAACACCUACUGAAAGCUCACCUCAUUCUCUACCUGAGGUAGCAAAAAGUACAAGAGAAUCUAAUAAUAGUGAGUUGUUUAAAUUGACUCUGAAAGAGGGAAAAAUCAAAAUUGAAAAAUUAAAAAGCGAAGAAAGCGCUACGUUUUUAAAACAAAUAAACUUGGGAGAUGCUUCUAAUUCCAGUAAACAAAACAACUCUGACUCUAAAAACAACUCGAUAGCAUUUUCUAACUUAAGUAAUCAAAACAUCAGUUCAACUAAUAUGCAAAAUAAAACUUCGGAAGAAAAGAUUCCCAAAUCAUAUGAUUCGGCAAAAAUUACAAAUGCAACGGGCAAUCCUAUAGAAAAUAUCAAUACAACUAUCAGUCAUUUAUCACACGCAAAUCGAACUGAAAAUCAACAAUCGAUAAAUAAAACAAUUGAAACGAUAAAAUUGUUUGAAGGAAAAAAUGAAAGCAAAAUAAAUCAACCUUUAGAACCUUUGAAACAAAUCCUUAACAAAAAUGAAACACUCAAAGCUUCUCAAUCAAAUUCAACUGCAAAUGAAACCAAAAAUCAAGAAAUUUUAGCAAAUAAAACACAAAAUAAACAUAUUCAACAAUGGCAGUUAAACCCUGCAGAACUAAGUACAUCAGGUAUAGCACCUUUUCCUAUAGAUGCAAAUAAUGCUAUUCCUUUAAUACCGAUUCCUGUUGAUAGUCCAUUGGGAAAGCUUCUUUAUCCUGCAUUAAAUAUCCCAGCAAAUAAUCAAAUACGAAUGUUUCAUCGUCUAAUCAAACUAAAUAAUAACUUAUCAACAAACUCUCCGUUGUUGGAACCUGAAAAAAAGACCAUUGGAGCACCAAUAGAAUUAUCAGAAACCAAGCGUGUUGAAGAUACCAUGAAACUAUUUAACAAACAAAAUCUAAACCCAAAUGAUUUUACCACGUUAUUUCAAGUUUCAAAAGAUCAGACAUUUAGUAAUCUUGAUACAGAAACAAAAAACAAGUUGACGAGUAUGAUAACUCCUGAUAAGCGUGGCUCUGUUUCAAUAAAUAAAACUACGGCGCUAAUAUCAGGUUCAAAUGAUGUUAUUAUUGAUAUACCAAUUUUUAAAGCUUCUGAAUUACAAACUCUUUUAUCCGUACCUUAUAAAAAUUCGUUUGACCCAAUGCCAGGCUCUGCUGUUCACAUAGAAUUAGAAAACAAAAAUGGGCGUUUUGUAAUGGUGCCAGAUGCUUUAAACUUUGCUCAGACUUUACCGCAUCAAAAUAUAAAACUUUAUUCUCGAUAUAAAAUUCCAAAAAUUCAAAAAAAAUCUCUCAUAAGAAAUAAGCAUCAACACCCAAAUAAAGUAACUAAAAUAAACAAUAAUUUAUCAAGAAACAUUCUCGACAGAAACAAAAACUUGCAUAAAAAACAAACAGUUGACUUAACUUAAAUUAAUAUAUAUAAAAUUUAUUGUUUGUUUUGCACUUUUUAACAAAUCGUAUUUUUUAAGCUAAUAUAGAUAACUUAAAUAUUUUAUAUCUCUCAUAUACUAACCAAUAAUUACAACCUGGUCGAUAAGUUAGUAUUCGUAGAUACAUAUCAUCAUAGACACAUAAACGAAUGAACAAUAAGUAAUUAUAAUUGCGGACAUAUAACGGACACCAUCAUAACAAUUACAAAAAUAACAACAUAUUUUUAUCAAUAUUUGUAAAUAUGAUAUUUUAACCUUUUUUAGAAAAAAAUAA